GGGGGGGGGGAAGAUGGAGGAUAAAAGGAAUCUUUCAUUAACUUAAGAGGUACAUGGUGUUGAAUAUUUCUGUGAAUCAUCUUUUUUUUGUUCAGGGCUCCAACUAGGAAGGGUACAACAUGUUUGUAUUAGGGAAGGCAAAGCAUUCAGUGUUAAUGUGAAAAAUACAAACAUUGUCUUCCAAGAUUAUAGUCAUAAUUGCAUUGAUGUCAAUAAUAAUACAGCAGCAACACAAUAGCCCAGGGUCCCCUCUCGGCUUGGAAGUACUCAUAAUAUAUACACCUUUUGUAGGCAUUUUAGCAAGCACAUUGAGGGCUGUGGGCUGAGGAUUGUCAAUGGAUCACUACGGAGGAAAUUGGUCAAUGAUCUCAAACGUCCAGACUCUCAGCAGCAGCAGCAACCCUUCUACUCCCUCCUCCACUCAGGAUCAACACCACCUCUUCCUCCAACAACAGCCACCGCUGUAUCAGCAGCAACAACAGCAGCAGCAACAUUGUUUUUCCCAGCAGCAGCAGCAGCACCAGUCACUUGCAUCUCAUUUCCAUCUUCUACACCUAGUGGAAAACUUAGCAGAUGCUAUAGAGAAUGGAACUCGAGAUCAGCAUUCAGAUGCACUAGUUACCGAAUUGAACAGCCAAUUUGACAAGUGUCAACAGCUGCUAAACUCAAUUUCGGGUUCAAUCAACUCCAGAUCCAUGACAGUCGAGGGACAAAAGCAUAAACUAGAGGAAACUGAACAGUUAUUGAAUCAGCGAAGGGAUCUUAUUUCCAAGUAUACAAACUCUGUUGAAGAGCUUAUCAACUCUGAACUAUAACUACUGGGACGCUAAAUUGGAAUGAAUUUCUUGUUAGAAGUGGAGGCGCACGUGUUGCAAGAUCACUUUGUAUAUUUCAGGUUUCUGGUGGAAAAGAGCACAGAGGAGGAAUGAGCAGCGGGGAUAUUACGUUAUUAGAUUUGACUAUAGUGGGCUAAGAUAGAAUUUGGCACCCUACUUUGCAUUUGUUAACCCAGAGAUAUGAGGGCCAAUUUCGAUUUUCACUGUGCAAAGGUUGAGAAGGUUGCAAGAGCAUUUUUAUCUGAUUGAUACGAUCUUGGGUGUUGAUACAAGUAGAAUGAAGAUGAUCUAAGUUGUUUACGAAAGUUUUGGAGAAAAGAAAAUUCUGUUUAGGAUUUCAAGUUUCUCUUCAUUUGAGUAUUCUUUCUAUUUAAUUUUUCUGAUCCUCCACUCAUAAUAUCAAGAAGUUGAUGUAA